GGCAGGGCCCCCAUAACUGCUCUUGCUACCUCUGCCCCUCCACGAACUCUCUGAGGUAGGUAACGUGGAGUAUCAGACACUCCAGACUCAGGCACUAAGGCACUCUGACUCAGCUUAGAAAUCCUGAGUGUUAUGACAAUCUGAAGACAGAAAGGCUGUCCCUGUAGGAGUCAGGUGUUUCUGUUUUUGUUUUUUUUAAUUUUUCUGCAUAUUUUCCCUUUCCUGGUUCUAUAUUUUCUAUUUAGUGCUCUUGUUCUCUGAAAUCUUCUGAUGCUUUCAGAUUCAGACAUUCAUUUAACUGAAGGGAUACUCCAAUGGGCUGUAGUUUGGAGGUAGAUGUUCUGCAAUAAAUAAGCACUCUUACCCAAGUCUCAGAACACACUGGUAUAGGGUGGGGGGUGGCAGUCUAUAAAAAGACACUGGCUGCUUUGGAAGCCACUUGGCAAGACUCUAAUUAGUGCUUUAAAAAAAUCUCCAAAUCAGGGAUAUUGCAUAUUGCAUACAGAGGCAAACAGAAAUGUUUAAGAAGAACUUGCAUAAAGGAAAAACAAAGAGAUUUUAAGAAUGCAGAUGGAGGGAAAAAUGUGCCCUGAGAUAAAAGGAUAGAGUAGUCCUAAUACAGGUGGAGGAACAAAGCCAGAUGAAAGCCUGGAGGUAUGGAUUUAGAGCUGGUCUUAAGGCUUAUCACAGUAGUUUACUUUUGGAGCUUCACUACCCCAUUAGCAAAGUUCCUCAGCCCUUCCACUUUACAAACAAAGAGAAUCAAAAUCCUGUGGGAUCAGUGACUUGCUGAGUGCUUCUCCUGUGUUUGACUUUGCACUGAGCACAGCAGGGACUGAAGCAAUGCAUGAGUGUCCAUGUGGAUCUCUUGGAGCUGGUGAGUCAGAAGGGGAGAUAGGCUUCAUAAUUCAACAGGAACUAUCAUAACUCCACAAUAGGAAGCUAUACUGUAGAACAGGCAGAAAAAGAGGCUCAAAAAGAGAUGCAAAUCUACAGCUUCUGAGAGUGGUAAAGAGAGGAGAGCAGAUAUCUCCACUGCAAUGACCGUUCAGAUUUUCAUGGAGGAGGAGGGCAUCAUUGAUCCUCAGCCCCAGAAGAUGGGUUAAAUAGAUAUGUUCAGACAUUCUGGGAAACUCCAGAGGCUGGGGAGCUGUAGUUAAUGUUUGAAUAAUAGCAAAGAAUAUUGCUAUAUUAAUAUGGAUAAUCAGUCUGGGUGUUUGAGGUACAAGUAGGAAAUUCUGAGAAUUGAGACCAAAAAUAUUGAUCUAGUACUGGACUACACAGGCCCUUUAACUCGAGACUUGUGAGUUUGGUUUUGACACUUGGUGUCAAACUUUCUAAUCAGAAUGGUCCCAUUUGUAGAGCUGCCCUUAGAAAAUAUUAGACCUAUUCCAGAUUAGAGAAUGAUAUAGAGGCAAGAGAUUCAUUAAGAGGGCAUUAUUAUGGGCAUACAAAUGUGAUGUCUUGGAUGCAAAUUAUAAGAAUGUUAAGUGGAAGAACUGCAGAAAAGUGCUGGCAGAUGCACUUAGGGUUCAGUAUAACAUUGACUGUUGUGGUCUAAUUUAAUGUAGUAAGUAAAGGAAAGACAGAAACAAUAUAAAGUUUGGAUUUCUGAGUCUUAGUCUCAGGCACAAUUACAGUAUUAUUCAAAGAACUGGAGAACACAGAUAAGAACCAGAUCCACGAUAUAGAAUAGAACUGAUUAUUAAUCCUGUGGUUUUCAGGAGCUGAAUACAAUUCAGUUUGAAGGAAAUUAUUAAGAAAAGCCUUCUAGUAUACUAAGUUAUUCAUGCAGAAAAUUUAAUGCCAUAGGAUAAAUGGAUAUAAAGAUGAAAAGAUAAAGAGGAGGCAUCUAAUGCAUCUUGAUGAAAGUCUGGAAGGUUAUUGCUAUGGACAGGUAUCUUUCUAUUCAUCUACAUUCUAACUGGAGGGAUGGAAGGAAGAACUGGGAGACUAAAUAUGAGUAAGAGAGCUGGGGAGUCAUGAUAAGCAGCAGAUAUUCAGUAGAGUGUGAGAGUGGAAAGAGAAAAAGCAUACAGCUUGAUAAGUAAUUGGAAUGUUCAGAACAGUCAAGGAAGUAGUCAUCAGGAGAAUGAUGCCUUAGGUCUUGAACAAAGUGAUGCCUGUAGAUUGAUAACAAGUUCCUAGCUUUGAAUGUGAGAAAGAGCAUGGUGGAGAUAGGCAAAGGUACAGAGGAAGGUAAUGUGACCUGUUGAGCCAGCUGGAUCACCUGCAAACACUUAGACAAUUCCAGAAACCAUGGGGAUCAGGAGGGGCAAGGAUUGAUUUGGUAAACAAACUUGAUUAAGCUAUAGAGUAACGGUCUGGAUGGCAUAAUGGAGAAAAUAGAUCAUGAAUAAACUGUAUGUCUGUCUUCUCUACAGGUGGUGUUCGUACAGUACAAGUCCUCCCAGGAUGGGAGGUGUCCUCUACAACAGCUCAGGGUUGCCAACUUUCACCCUGACAGGCCUCCCAGAGCUGCAGAACUCCCAACACUGGAUGUUCUUGCUCCUCGGAACCCUCUACAUUGUCUCUAUUGGGGGCAAUAUCCUUAUCCUUUGCAUUGUCAAGGAGGAGCAGAGUUUGCAUCAGCCUGUGUACUACUUCCUGUCCCUGCUCUCAGUUAAUGAUCUAGGUGUGUCUUUCUCCACACUGCCCACCGUGCUCGCCACAUUUUGCUUCCACUUAAGGAAGAUCAGCUUUGAUUCCUGCAUGGCUCAAAUGUUCUUUAUCCACUUCUUCUCUUUGAUGGAGUCAGGGGUCCUGCUGGUUAUGAGUUUUGACCGCUAUGUGGCCAUCUGUAAUCCUCUGCGCUAUACCACCAUGCUCACAGAUUCCCGUGUUGUAUGCAUGGGCUUGUGGGUAAUCACCCGCAGUUUCUGCAUGGUUUUUCCACUGCCUUUCCUUCUGAAGAGGUUGCCCUUCUGCAAGGCGAAUGUACUGUCCCAUGCCUACUGCCUUCAUUCAGAUCUCAUCCACCUUCCCUGUGGUGACGUCACCAUCAACAAUAUUUUUGGUCUCUUCACUGUCAUGUCUACCUUUGGCCUGGACUCUGCACUCAUUCUCUUCUCGUAUGUGCUCAUCCUGCACUCUGUACUUGCCAUUGCAUCUCGGGAGGAACGGUUAAAGACACUCAACACGUGUGUGUCACAUCUGUGUGCUGUGCUCAUCUUCUAUGUCCCCAUGGUUGGUGUGUCCAUGGCUGCCCGCUAUGGCAGGCAUGCCCCCCGAUUUGUGCACACAGUCUUGUCCCUCAUUUAUCUCUUUGUGCCUCCCAUGCUCAACCCUGUCAUCUAUUCCAUCAAAACCAAAGAGAUUAGAAGGCAGCUUGGUCGAAUGCUAGUGGAAACCAAGUUUUAAACCAGAAACAUAUAGAGAGUUCAAACCUCAAAGAAUAUUUACUAUUACUCCAUAAAUUGGAGUUUCCAUAACCUGUUUUGACAACUUUUUAAACUUCUUUUUCGUGUUUCUGCCACCAGAUGUAUGAUGACCUUAUACUAAUUAAGACCUGCCAAAAGGUUUUGGCGAGGUACACUGAGUUGAGUUAGAAAAAUCGUUGUUCAGUUUUCUUUUUUAAUCCCAACAUGCACAUCCUGACAAUUACUCCUUCAUUUUAUCACAAUGUGUUUCUAUUAUCCAUGGUUAGAGGGAAUCAUCACAGAAAAAAUUACUAAUUACAAUGGGACCAGUGUUAUAACGGUUAGUGAGUCUUUUUCCCCAAGUCUAUGUCAAAAGUAGUUCUAUUUUUAGUUCUUUGUAGAAUCUUCAUACUCCUUUCCAUAGCAGUUGCAUUAUUUUGCAUUUCCAACAACACUGUGCAAGGGUGUGACAGCCUCAUCAACACUUCUUGUCUUCUGUUGUUGUAUUUAACAAC